AUGAGCUCAACCACGGCUGCGGCCAAAUCUCGACUAUAUGGAGAUUUAAAAGACGCGAUUAGUAUUAAAGACUGCUAUUGCCUAAAUGAGGAUCCGAACAAGCCCUUUCGCAAUCUUUUUGCUGGUAAUGAGACUUUAGUGCUCAAGUCCGACGCUGAUGAGCAAUUAUUAUUGUAUAUCGAAUUUCAAGACGCCGUCAAGUUAUUUUCAAUCAAUAUCGUGGCACCACAAACCGAUGAAGCUCCACGCGUCAUUAAGUUGUUUGUAAAUCGUCCUAAUUUAGGCUUUUCAGAUGCUACAGACGUUGAAGCAACGCAGACGAUUGAGCUGAAGAAAGAAGAUCUGGUGCCUGAGAAUGACAUUGAGCUACGUUUUGUGAAGUUUCAGCGCGUGACAAGCAUCUCAAUCUUUGUGGAAGAGAAUAAUGGCGCGGACGAAACAAUCAUUUCUAGCCUCAAAUUUUUUGGUGAGCCAUUGGCUGGUACAAACAUGAACGAGCUCAAGAAAAUUAGCGACGAAUAG